AUGGCAGCCCUCCAACAAGCCGGCGGCGGCGCCAGUCAAGCCCAACGAGCGCCCCCGGCGUUGACCAACACCGUCAUCUCGUACCUGAAGACCAUUUUCGAAUCCCACGCGGAUGCGGAUGGCAGAUGGACUCUUGGCCAGAUUGCGCGCUUUAUUCAGCAAGUCCAGAAAAACAGCGACAAGACCACAGCCGCCGCCAAGUUGCUACAGAGCACAGAAAUUGACCUCAGCGCAUUCCUGCAGUACAUGACUUCUGAAGACAGCAAUAUAACAGAGCCCUGGAACCAAAGCGACUUGUCCUGGCCUCUUUCCAGCUACUUUAUCAGUUCCAGCCACAACACAUACUUGUCGGGGAACCAACUGUACAGCGAUAGCACAACCGACGCCUACACCAAUGUGCUUUUGCGGGGAUGUCGCUGCGUUGAGAUUGACGUUUGGGAUGGCGACGAGUCAGACUUGUCCGCCAGCUCUACCGAGAGUUCAGCUGAUGAAAAGGCCGACGAUGAGGCUGUGCCAACCAAAUCGAAACGCCAGGGCACAUUCGACAGGCUGAGGCAGAGGAUACCGGAUAGCCUGACGUCCAAGCUGGAAAAGACCAGUUUGGCCAAAACCCGCGAACUAAAACACACUGGAAAACACAACACGGACACAGCGAACGGUGCACCGCCCGAUGGCGACUCCAAGAUUGUGCCAGAAGUCGCCCUUGUCGAGCCUCGUGUACUGCAUGGCUAUACCCUGACCAAGGAAGUUUCCUUUCGGGAUGUGUGCAAUGCCAUUCGGGACAGCGCCUUCACAGUGUCAGACCUGCCGCUGAUUAUCAGUCUCGAAGUCCACUGCGGUGCCGAGCAACAGCUCAUGAUGGCCAACAUCAUGAAGGAAGUCUGGAGCGGCAUGCUAGUCACCGAGGAUGAGAUCAAACCAGGCCUGCUGCCAAGCCCCGAGGACUUGAAGCGAAAGAUCCUCAUCAAGGUCAAAUACGCACCGCCGGACACGCCUGCAGCAGAGCCCGACAGCAGCGCCGAGGACGACAGCUCGCCGGCUGAAGCAGCGCCACCCAAGAAGCCAUCCAAAGUGGUACAAGCACUGAGCAAGUUGGGCAUCUACACCCGAGCCGUUUCGUUCAAGACGUGGACACAGCCCGAGGCCAGCAUGCCGACACACAUCUUCUCCCUGGCCGAAAAGAAGUUCAUCGAACAUCGCGAGAAGCACGCCCAAGCGCUCUUUGACCACAACAGAGACUACCUUCUGCGGGCUUACCCUUCUGGCCUCCGCAUCACGUCAUCAAACAUGAUGCCCACUGUGUUCUGGGGAUCAGGAGCCCAAGUCGUCGCUUUGAACUGGCAGCAAACGGAUGAGGGCAUGAUGCUCAACGAGGGCAUGUUUGCUGGGACGUGCGGAUACGUGCUCAAGCCCGAAGGCUACCGUCCCAACUUAAAGUCCAAACCCACCCUUAACAAAAUCACAUACAAGACGCUAAAUCUAUCACUCACCUUCCUCGCCGCCCAGUCCAUCCCCCUCCCCCACGGCGACAAAUCCGACAAGAAAUUCCACCCCUACGUCAAGACGGAGCUGCACGUCGAUGCGUGUAACGCCCCGGCCCACGGCCGCCCAGGUUCGUCCGAAAGCCUGGACACUGAUGUCCGGCACAAGGCUCGCACAAAGACCCACAAGGGGACCGACGUUGAUCUCGGCAGGCAGCAAGUCUCGUUCAACGGCAUUGACGGGCUAGUCGAGGAGUUGACGUUUGUGCGCUUCACGGUGCGAGAUGAUGAGCUGGGGAGAGAUGAUCUUGCGGCUUGGGCGUGCGUACGGCUGGACCGUCUGGGACAGGGGUAUAGGUUCAUCCAUUUGAUAGAUUCCAAGGGGCACUUGACGAAUGGUACGAUUCUCGUCAAGGUGGAAAAGACGCUGGUGGAGGAGAAGCCUGAUGGGAAAGAAGGUGCAUGA